CACAUCCCUGCUGCCGGCCAGGCGCGGCCCGCGGGACCCCGAGAGCAGCGCCAUGGCCCGGGAGAGGCCGCCCGGGAGGGGCUGCGGCGCCCUGAGCCGGUGUCUGCUCGGGGCCGCGCUGCUGCUCGGCCUGCGGCUCUUCGCGGAGCUGCGGCGCGCUGGGCCCGGGUCUCCUGCCCACAGCGCCCCGCGGGGCCCAGCCUGGCGGCCACCUGGGCCGCACCUGCCGCCCGCGCCGGGUCCGCAGCGCGGCGCCAGCAGGAGGCAGGUGAUCUACGUGCGCAGCGGGCGGCGGGUGCCGCCGGGGGGCGGCGGGAGCGGGACGCCGGAGCCGAGCUGCUGUGCCCCGCGCGGGAGCCCGCGCCGGAAGGGUCCCCGGUGGCAUAUAGAUCUCCAGCCUUGGGCAGGCCCUGCUCAGUCCCUGGAUGAAGAAGCCUGGAGGUUCCUGAGAUAUAUCAGCACCACCCAGAUUGCAUGCAAUCACAUGAAUACAGACAGCCUGGCUACUGACUCUAGUCCUACACACAAGCCCUGGUCAGUGUGUCUUGACGACAGGUUCAAUUUAGCUCAUCAAAUCCGCAACAAGCAGUGCCGCCUCUACUCCUUAGGGCUGGGAAGUGAUGAUACCCACUUUGAGCUUAGCAUGGCCAACAAUGGAUGUGAAGUGCAUCGUUUUGAUCCUAGUGUCAAGUCAGCUCACAUUCUGGAGAGUCAGCACCUUUGGUAUCACCGCUUGUCCAUCGACUGGCGGGAUCCCCAUCCAGCUGUUGCUGCCCAGAAACCACACAGCAACACCAGAAAACUGGGAAGCAUUUUGAAUGAAUUUGGGCAUCACAAGAUUGACGUUCUCAAGGCAGAUCUGGAAAGCGCAGAAUGGAAAGUUCUGGAAAAUCUUAUUCUGGAAGAUGUUCUUGAGCAGAUUGGACAGCUCAUCUUUGAGAUCCAUCUCCACUGGCCUGGGUUUGAGGUCAGUGGCAGCGACAGCAGCGUCGUGCGGUUCUGGUACAGCCUUCUCAAAGAGUUAGAACAAAAGGAUUUCAGGCUUUUUUACAGUUACAAAGAUUUGUCUAAACCUCAGCUAUUCCUGAAGAAAGACAUUUUCAAUGCAAGUAGCUGUUAUACUCUGAGUUGGUUGAACACAAGAUGGAAAUAGGAUGCAGGAUGUCGUCAGGAGCACAAGAAAAUAUUUGCAGAAUGGAGCGUGUCCA